AGGCAGCGCUCCAGCCGAGGGACCCAGGAGUCCGGCCACUCUCCAGCGCGCAUGGCCCCGCAGCCCGAGGAGCGUGCCCUGUACCUCUCCAUCUACCUGCUGACCAUCCUGACCGGCUUCCCCACCAACCUGCUGGCCCUGCACGCCCUCAUCCGCAAGCUGCGGUGCAAGGCCACCCCCAACUGCAUCCUCCUGCUCAACCUCACCCUCUCCGACCUCUGCUUCCUGGCCUUCCUGCCCUUCAAGGUGGCCGAGGCCCGGGCGGGGCGCUGGCCGCUGCCCGCCUUCCUCUGCCCCCUCAGCGGCCUCUUCUACUUCAGCACCAUCUACUCCAGCACCCUCUUCCUGAUGGCCGUCAGCGUGGAGCGCUACCUGGCCGCGGCCUACCCCAUCCGCUACAAGCUGCGCCGCCGCCCCGCCUACGCCGCCCUGGCCAGCCUGGGCCUGUGGUUCUGCUCCUUGGCCCACUGCAGCAUCGUCUACGUGACCGAGCUGCAGCCAGGCGGUGGGCUGGCCAACGCCACCAGCGCCUCCUCCAAGGGCCUCUGCUACGAUGACUUCACCCCCAGCCAGCUGCAGGUGCUGCUCCCCGUGCGCCUGGAGCUGGGCAUCGUCCUCUUCCUGGUGCCCUCCUUGCUAACCGCCUUCUGCUACUGCGGCUUCGUGUGGGUGGUGGUCUCCUCGCCCCACAUCCGCCGGGGGAAGAAGCAGCGGGCCGUGGGCUUGGUGGCAGCCACCCUGGCCGUCUUCAUCGUCUGCUUCACGCCCUACAACGUCUCCCACGUGGUGGGCUUCGUCCAGCGGGCCAGCCCGUCCUGGCGGGACAAGGCUCUGCUCUUGAGCACCUUCAACGCCAGCCUGGAUCCUGUCAUCUUCUACUUCUCCUCCUCCGCCGUCCAGCAGUCCUGCCGCAGGUUCCUGGCCCGGCUCUGGGGCGUCUGCUCCCUGCCCCCCUUGGCCAGGAAGGUCUUCUACCGCCGAACGGAGAAACUGACACCGGGACCGCCCCAGGAGCAAUGCAGAGGCCUUGGGGGCGGCCAGGUUUGCUGCUCCAAGCUGUAAUGCCAGCAGUCACCCACCCUCGGCCCCCAGAGACUGACUCGACUGUGGGGCAGGACUCCUGGGUUCUAUCCCUGGUGCUGGGGUCCAGUGGGUUGGAGCAUGGGGCUGGGAGUCAGGACUCCUGGGUCCUCUUCCCAAAUCCACAUCUUCUCAGAGCUGCCCUCUCUCCCCCGCUGUUCAGGAUCUCCUCUCUGGGGCCAGGACCAAGCUAGAAAGCCCCAACCUCAUGACACGCUCAGGUCAGGACUGGAACCCGCCGCUGAGCCAUUUCUAGGCCCCAUACCCCAGUCCCUUCUGCAUCAAAGGCCUCACUGUGUCGAAGGAA